AUAGAAAAUUUCAAUAAUUUUUUGUUAUUUCAUUCAAAAAUAACCAUCCAUACUUAUUAGUUAUUGGCAAAAUAUCUGUAGAAUCAUUAAUAUCUUAUUUGUUUUUAUAUCAAAGUUUGACGUGCAUUAUAAAGCUACUUCCACCACCCCGCUGAAUAUUGAACCUCGAAUUUUGAACAAAAAAUCCCUGAUAGCAACCAGGUCGUACUCUCCAAAACUGUUCUAUUCGCAUCCCUUUACCAACGACGGCAUGGAGGAUGAUCGUGCACAGGUUGACUUGGGUGUCGCUGUUGAUGUAGAAGAAGCUUUCGAAGAGCCAGUGGCACAACGUCAACCAAAGAAACGUUUCGUAGGCAGAAAACAAGCUGCCGAAGCAGCUGCACGGAAUGGCAUCAAUGGGACUCCUGGGGACAGUGCUGCUGUUCAAGGUCUGUAGUUUCUAUUUCUUAGAUUAAAUACCCCAGCUGACCUUUCACAGUCGCGACUCCAAGAAGAAUUCGAACAUUAAAUCAAGUUCCUCCGGAAAUUUUGAACGACCCAGACAUAAACGCUGCGAUCGCAUUACUUCCACCAAAUUAUUCUUUUGAAAUACACAAGACGAUACAUAGAAUUAGAACGAAUGGAUCAAAAAAGGUUGCUCUGCAGAUGCCAGAAGGUCUCCUGUUGUUCGCCACAACAAUUUCUGAUAUUCUCUCCCAAUUUUGUCCUGGUAUCGAGACGCUUAUAAUGGGAGAUGUUACAUAUGGAGCUUGUUGCAUUGAUGACUAUACCGCUCGUGCAUUGGGUUGCGAUCUAUUAGUACAUUACGCGCAUUCAUGUCUGAUUCCUGUGGAUGUCACAAAGAUCAAAACUCUCUAUGUUUUCGUUGAUAUUAGCAUAGAUACGGCACAUUUACUUGCAACCCUGGAGAAGAACUUUGCCUCCGGAAAGACCAUUGCGAUGGUAGGAACAAUUCAGUUCAAUGCGACAUUACAUGGCGUUCGAGCCCCUCUCGAGAAAGCGGGCUAUAAUGUUCUCAUUCCACAAAUCGCUCCCCUCAGUAAAGGUGAGAUCCUUGGAUGCACAUCUCCUCAACUGUCAACAGAUGGUGUCGAUAUUAUUUUAUAUCUUGGGGAUGGGCGUUUCCACCUUGAAAGCGCAAUGAUACACAACCCAUCCAUACCAGCUUACCGAUACGAUCCCUAUUCUCGAAAGCUUACUCGUGAAAGUUACGACCAUAAGGAAAUGCACACUUUGAGAAGAGAUGCUAUCGAAGCCGCAAAACCUGCAAAGAAGUGGGGGCUUAUUCUAGGAUCUCUAGGCCGCCAGGGAAAUCCUCACACAAUGACAAUGAUUGAGAAAAAGCUUGAAGAGCGAGGAACACCUUACAUCAAUUUGCUCUUGAGCGAAAUCUUCCCUGGAAAACUAGCUAUGAUGAGCGAUGUUGAGUGUUGGGUACAAGUAGCAUGUCCAAGACUCAGUAUUGAUUGGGGAUACGCAUUUCCGAGACCUCUACUAACUCCAUAUGAAGCAUUGAUUGUGUUGGGUCAGAAAGAGGAUUGGGCGAAGAGUAAUAAUGAUAUUUAUCCUAUGGAUUACUAUGGCAAGGAUGGUCUUGGCAGAACCAGGCCUAUUUCCAGUAUUCCAGUUGCUGCUUGAAAAUCUACUUCACUACAUUCUCGGAUUCGUGCUUUCUUGUCCUACUACAUGAUGUUAUUCAAUUGGUCAAAUUGCUCUCAAUACCAUGAUCACACAUCAUUGUUUACUUCACGAAGGGUGUAUGAUGGAACAUCUAUCAAUGCGCCGCCCAUCUACAUUUAUCUUUCCUCUCAUCUAAACAUCAAGCGGUUUAGCUUUUGUUUGGCCUCGACAUACCCCUGAUAUAUGGGUCCCUAGGGACAGGAGGUUACCAGUACAUACCAUCGCAAGGAUAGUGAACACAAGAAUUCUGCUUGCCAUACUGGCACCAAGUCCACUCUUCUUAAAUUGCUGAGCAAACAUUGGAAAUCCAAAUGCGAAAGGGCUUCGCACGAUUGUGCUAACCGAGGUCGCACUGUUUGUGAUGGAUAUAUAUAUACCUAUGAUGUAUUUGAAACCUUGGAUGGAGGUUAUGAGAAGUCCCAUGCCGGUAGGUGACCUGGGGGAGUUGCGCAAUCAGUGGAAUUCGAUAAACCGGGAAGUCCAUACCGGCCAGAGAUUUUAUUGGCACACGGUUACUAUGAUCAAACAUUAGCCGAGUUUUUAAAAUGACUUCGCCAUCAUUCCGCUGCACUUUUCGUGCUAACAUGGUCAUUGCUUUGGUCAAGCAAAAUGCAAGACAUGAAGCUUAUCAACAGCUGAAGCAGGAGACAAUAGAGCUGCAACGAUAGCCCACUGACCGCUAUCAUUAAAGGGGGCUUGGAUAUGCCUUGAAGCUAAGGUAGAUGAUUUUAUAAAUAAGUUAUAUAAAGUGAUAAUCAUCUAUGUCUGCUCUUUUUGCAAGAUGGACGAUUCUGCCAGUAUUAAGAAUAUUAUCCAUAGUCUAAAUUA